CCCCACAGGUGCCCUUCUCCUAUAUAAACUCCUACAUAAUCAACUCUUUCUCUUCUCUAUUCUGUCUCUGAUUUAUAUAUACAAUCGUGUCUUCAGUUUCUGAAUCAUCGUAAUGGCUUCAAACGGCAGUUCAGAUGGCCUGAUCGUGAGUUUCGGUGAGAUGUUAAUCGAUUUUGUGCCGACGGUCUCCGGCGUGUCGUUGGCGGAGGCGCCGGGAUUCUUGAAGGCACCUGGUGGAGCUCCGGCCAACGUGGCGAUAGCGGUGGCGAGGCUUGGCGGAAAGGCCGCCUUCAUCGGAAAACUCGGUGAGGAUGAGUUCGGUCACAUGCUCGCCGGUAUCUUGAAGGAAAACGGCGUCUCCGCCGAUGGCAUCCCCUUCGAUAAAGGUGCACGCACCGCCCUAGCUUUCGUCACCUUACGCGCCGAUGGAGAUCGUGAAUUCAUGUUCUAUAGGAAUCCCAGUGCUGACAUGUUGCUCACUCCCGAUGAAUUGAAUCUCGAGCUCAUUAGAUCUGCUAAAGUGUUCCAUUAUGGAUCGAUAAGCUUGAUCGUGGAGCCAUGUAGAUCUGCACAUUUGAAGGCAAUGGAGGUGGCCAAGGAUGCCGGGGCAUUGCUCUCAUAUGACCCCAACCUUCGGCUGCCAUUGUGGCCCUCAGCUGACGAGGCCCGAACGCAAAUCAUGAACAUUUGGGACAAGGCGGAUGUGAUCAAGAUCAGUGAUGUUGAACUAGAGUUCCUCACGGGGAAUAACAAAAUUGAUGAUGCUUCGGCAAUGUCCCUAUGGCAUGAUAACUUGAAGCUUCUCUUGGUGACCCUUGGAGAAAAUGGCUGCAGAUAUUACACUAAGAAUUUCCAUGGAUCAGUUGAUGCCUUCCACGUCAAGGCUGUGGACACAACCGGGGCUGGCGAUUCUUUUGUAGGAGCCCUUCUCUGUAAGAUUGUCAACGAUCAUGACAUAAUCCAGGAUGAGCUUAGAUUGAAGGAAGUACUUAAAUUUGCAUGUGCCUGUGGAGCAAUUACCACGACUAAAAAGGGAGCCAUCCCAGCUCUCCCAACCGAGAAAGAAGUCCUCGCUCUUCUUAAAGAAGGAAAAUAGAGGAAAGAUGUCUUCCUUUCCUAAUUUUGAUUUUUACCAUGUUUUUCUAGACAAGUUUUGAAUUUGGAUUUGGCAAUUGGUAUCUCUGUUUCAGUUUUUCUUUAUGUGCUUGAUAUGAUGAAAUAAUUUCUUUAAGGUAGUUAAAUAAAUAAUGAUCUGUCAUUUUCUUUUGAUAAAUGCUUGUGGCUUGCAGUUGCAGCGAUCAUUGAAAUCUUCUUUUUCCUUUUCC